AUGGUUGUGAUUUCCUUUGUGUCUUUCCCCACAGAAAAUCGAGAAAAUAUACUGAGUUCCAAAAGCAACAGGCUGACAGAAGCUUUGGAAGAGGCCAAUAGACUUUUUGAUGGAGUUUGCCGUGCAGAAGCUGCACUGGAUGCCCAGUUUCUUGUUAUAGCAUCCAAUAUAGGAAAGGAGAAAGCCAAUGAGUUACACUCUGAGAUGUCAGCAUUUGAUUCAACAGCAUUUGCAGAAGACUUGCUUACUUUCAUGGGUAUAAAUCGCACAGAAGUGCAAGAAACUGAUGACUCUGAGGAUGUUACAGGUGGUUUUUUACCUAGUGAUGCCUGGCAGACAAUGGGAGAAGAAGCACCCAAGUACUUCAGAAGAGCACCUACUUUUCACUACAUGAUGGGAUCUUUCAAGUCUGAAUCUCCUGUACCAAAGCAACGGAUUGAGAGGCAGUUAGCCCUUUGUUCUGGCAUAGUUAUUACAAAUGACUUCUAA